UGUUGUUAUGGAGCAAAGUAGAGAAGCCAAUUAUAAAUCUUGUUACUCAGCAAAGGCUUAUUUUGCUAUUAAAAUAAUAUUUAGAGCAUCCCUCCAAUUGUAGAGUAAAUGAACAGAUUUUUCAGGAAAUAAAUAUUUUUACAAAAAGCAGGCAAUGGUCGGAUUCGAACCCGAGCUCAAGCCAGAAAUUCAUUCUUUUUCUUUUUAAAUGGAAUCCAAAUAAGAUGCCUUAAACCAAACAAAACUAAAUUAUUUCAGAACUUUUGCUGCCAGAGGGUCACAGGACGCUGAUCGAUCACUCAAAUAGGAGAUCAAUAGAGCUAUCCUUUUGUGGAUCAUAGCAAUAGUCUUUGUUUCUCAUAAUUUCCAUCAUUGCUCGGCUUAUA